AUGAGUGGAAGAGUAGGUGACUUGAGCCCGUCACAGGAGAAGACACUAGCCCAGUUCCGGGAGAAUAUCCAGGAUGUCCUGCCUGUCCUGCCCAACCCUGAUGACCACUACCUCCUACACUGGCUUCGAGCUCGGAGCUUUAACCUGCAGGAAUCAGAGGCCAUGCUUCGGAAGCACGUGGAGUUCCGGAAACAACAAGACUUGGACAACAUCCUUUCGUGGCAGCCCCCAGAGGUGAUCAGACAGUUCCACGCCAGUGGCAUCUGUGGCCAUGACCGUGAGGGCAGCCCCAUUUGGUACCACAUCCUCAGAGACCUGGACCCCAAGGGCCUCCUCAACUCAGUGUCCAAACAGAACCUGCUCAGAGACAAGUUACAGAACUGUGAGCUGCUACUUCAGGACUGUGAGCAGCAAAGUCAAAAGCUGGGGAAGAAGGUGGAUCAAAUCUUAGUCAUUUUCGAUAUUGAAGGACUGGGUCUGAGGCAUCUAUGGAAGCCAGGAGUGGAGUUUGUUCAGGAGUUUCUUAUUAGACUGGAGGCUAAUUACCCGGAGAUGUUGAAGAAUGUAAUUAUCGUAAAAGCCCCCAAACUGUUCCCUGUGGCCUUCAACCUGAUCAAGUCAUACAUAAGUGAGGACACGCGCAGGAAACUGGUGAUUCUGGGAGCCAACUGGAAGCAGGAGCUCCUGCAGUACAUCAGCCCUGACCAGCUUCCUGUAGUGUUUGGGGGGACCAUGACUGACCCCGAUGGCAACCCCAAGUGCCUGACCAAGAUCAACUACGGGGGCGAGGUGCCCAAAAGCUACUACCUACGCAACCAGGUGAAGAUGCAGUAUGAGCACACGGUACCUGUGGGCCGAAGCUCCUCCCUGCAGGUGGAGAAUGAGAUCCUGUUCCCAGGCUGUGUGCUCAGGUGGCAGUUUGCAUCAGAUGGGGGGGACAUCGGUUUUGGUGUCUUCCUGAAGACCAAGACGGGGGAGAAACAGCGGGCAGGCGAGAUGACGGAGGUGCUGCCCAGCCAGCGCUACAAUGCCCACAUGGUGCCCGAGGAUGGAAGUCUCACCUGUCUCAAGGCUGGCAUCUAUGUACUAAGAUUUGACAAUACCUAUAGCCUAAUUUACUCCAAACACAUCAGCUAUACUGUGGAGAUUCUGUUUCCAGAUCAAACCUUUGUGCAGAAGGUUGAGAAAAUCUAG